CUCAAGGGGCCUCAUUUCAUAGGUCUGUUAUGGUUGUGCUACAAGUCUUGCGUUUACUCAAGUCAAUGAGGCGGCUAAGCAUUCAUCCAGCUAAAAAGCUAAAAUGACUUAGCAAAUAUUAGUACCGUGUUAAUCAAAUGUGUUAACAUAUACUAUUACUUUCACUGGAACGGAGGAGACGAUUAACUUGAAAUGGAACGGAGGAUGUAGAACAUAAUCUGAAGCAAAUACCACAGGAAGUCAAAGUAAUUAUGUAUUUUGUGUCUCUUUGCUGCAACUUGUUGUGUACCAUCCAAAAUUGUUUUUGACAUCUUUAAUUCUAGAGAUGGAGAGUCCUUUCUCUUACUUACCCAUAGCUCUUGUCUUAGUGACUUUUCUUCUUUUCUAGUUUUUUUUCUUUCUCUUUUCUGGGAGUACUAAAACAAUAUAGAUUUUUCAUUUGUCAAUAUAGUAGAUCUGCCUAGAUUUGAUCAGUAAUUCUUGGCUAUAGAAAGUUUAUGUGACAUGAAUCGCUUUGGGAACGUCACGGGGGAGGAAGAUAGAAAGGUAACCUAUGACACCGGGGAAUUACGCUUUUUCUCCCGCCUCAGCUUUGUGGAUGGAAGGAGGGCGAGAGCGUAGCACGCACACUCUAUGCUUUUCGCCAGCUUUCCCUCUAGUAAAAGAUUAGCUCGUACUUGAUUGAUGCAAAUCCUAAUCCCAUUCUGUGACAACUUUGAGUGCGAUCGGAAAGGAAUAAGGCCCGAAAUGCCUACGUCGAAAGAAAAGGCAGUCUUUAAGUGAAUGCACCCGGUUCUGCCUUAAAUUGCUAAAAGAAAGGCGAGCAAGUAUUCCCUAUUGAUCACUACCUGAUGCAUAACCCAACUCGAUCUGUGAUUUGAUUGUAUGAAUCUUCCUCUUUUUCUUUUUUUUCUGGGUAAAGGGUUUUGGUAAUGCUUAUCAUUACGCCUUGGUCAUUUAGGUGUUUUAUUUCAACCUCAAUCGAAUUUCUUUGUGAAACUAUACAGGUUGUAGGAGUUGAACGGAAACCUGAUGAGAUUUCGACCGGCCCAAGGAAAGAGGAGGAAAACUUCAAUCCUUGUGAUCAGUGUGAAUUAGGGCAUUUAAAAUUAAAAUUUUCAAACAACAUGAUAAAAGGUCCAGUUUAUACUGGGGUACCCAUAGGUGAAGAUCUGGGCAAUACCUUAAAUCUAGAUUUAGUUGAUUGCCUUACUGAAAAUAUUGUUAAAUUUGGGCCUGAAGCAUCAAGUAAGGUGGAAAUAGUUGUCUUUGAGAAAGAACAACUCAAAACAGUUACAAAUUGGCUGGAUGGAAAAUCACUGAUUCGAGGAGAUCCUCAUGUCAAGUUGAAAGACGGUAGAGUUUCUGUCAGUCAUAUAUCAUUCAAACAUACAAAUGUAUCGAUGCGAAAACGUGAGUUCAGAUUAGGUGCAAGAGCUGUGGAUAAUUGUGAUAUUAGAACUAGAAUUAUUGAAGCAGUUACUGAACCAUUCUUCGUUGUGGAUCGUCGUUCCAUGCCCAAGAGCAAGAAGCCCCUAAAACUUGAUGAUCAAGUUUGGAAACUGCCAACGAUUAACAAAGGCGGUCCUUCUCAUCAUUGUUUAACCAAGGAAAACAUUAAAACUGUGCGGGAUUUUUUAACUCUCUACUUUUUGAACCGUGAAAACCUACUCACCAUCCUUGGCAGGAGCAGUUUGCAGGUAAAGAAAUUGGAUGAAGCAGUAAAUGAGGCAAAGAGUAAAGUUGAGUUGAAAAGAUAUGUGUAUCCCCAAGAAAAUCCACUAGUUAAAUAUACUGAGGUGGGAGAAUUGAUUGGACUACUCGAUGAAGGGGGUGACUUCGUUUCUGUCCAACAGCUCCCCCCAAAUGAAAAGACUCUUGCUGGCAUGGAAAUGGUGAAAAGAGGUUUUCAAGAUGACCACCAGAAUUCUAAAGUUUUAUUGGAUGAUGAUACUUCUACUUCUAAUUUGUUGGUGAAAAAAGCCUUUCAAGAUGAUGAUAAUAAAGCGGCUGAUCUUGACGAAUUUAAUAAUGGAUUCACUUUCGAGGAUUAUAAUUAUACAAGUGACACACAGCAGCUGCAACCAGUGAUUAAUAAUGUUACUAAUUACACGGGGAAUAAUUAUGACAAUAUAAGCCAAAUCAAUAGCUUAUCAUCACCAGUACAACAUCAAUUUGAUACAGAUAACAACGACUUUAUCUACAGCAUUUGGGACUAAUUAUUACUACAUCAUAAUUGUUUCAUUGGUUUAUUUGUUGAGUGAUAAUUAUAAGUUGACUUGAAGAUCAAGAGUCUCAUAUAGAAAGUGUGAUUGUAAGGGUAACUCUGUCAUUUUAUAUUUUUAGUAUUACUUUUGUUACGCCUAGUUUUGGCAAUUAAUUUACCCAAGAGACAUGUAUUAAUUCAUACACAUUAUUAUAGAUAAACUUGUUACAUCA